CUCUCUCUCUGUAUCUCUCUCUCUUUCACUCCCUCUGUAUCUCCUUUCUCUCUCUCUCUCUCUUUUCCCCUUUUGGGGAAGCGGGGAGUGAGGAGGGGGGGUUGCUUAGCCGGCUCAGUUUUCCUUCCAGCGCUCCCGGCCUCCUCUCCCCCCCAAUAGAGGAGUCUCGCCAAAGGAGCCGGAGAGGGGGCCGUUUUCCUUCCCCUCUUCUUGCUGAUCUUCACCCCCUCCCUGAAAAAAAAAACAGCCCCCGCGAUGGGCUGCACCCUGAGUGCGGAGGACAAGGCGGCGGCCGAGCGGAGUAAGAUGAUCGACCGGAAUCUCCGAGAAGACGGAGAAAAAGCGGCCCGGGAAGUCAAACUCCUACUCCUGGGAGCUGGUGAAUCCGGAAAAAGCACAAUUGUGAAACAAAUGAAAAUUAUCCAUGAAGCGGGAUAUUCUGAAGAAGAAUGUAAGCAGUACAAAGCGGUUGUCUAUAGUAAUACCAUCCAGUCCAUUAUUGCUAUCAUAAGAGCUAUGGGGAGACUGAAAAUAGACUUUGGAGAUUCAGCCAGGGCUGACGAUGCACGCCUACUCUUUGUCCUUGCUGGGGCGGCAGAAGAAGGUUUUAUGACGGGAGAACUUGCUGGGGUGAUCAAAAGAUUGUGGAAGGAUUCCGGAGUCCAUGCCUGUUUCAACCGAUCGAGAGAAUAUCAGCUGAACGACUCGGCCGCGUACUAUUUGAAUGACUUGGAUAGGAUUGCCCACACCGGUUAUAUCCCAACGCAACAAGAUGUCCUCAGGACAAGGGUGAAAACGACAGGAAUUGUGGAAACUCAUUUUACCUUCAAAGAUCUCCACUUUAAGAUGUUUGAUGUUGGAGGCCAGAGAUCAGAAAGGAAAAAAUGGAUCCACUGCUUUGAGGGGGUUACGGCUAUCAUUUUUUGUGUGGCACUGAGUGAUUAUGACUUGGUCCUUGCAGAAGAUGAAGAAAUGAAUAGGAUGCACGAAAGCAUGAAAUUGUUUGAUAGCAUCUGCAACAAUAAGUGGUUUACUGACACCUCCAUCAUCUUGUUCUUAAAUAAAAAGGAUCUCUUUGAAGAAAAAAUUAAAAGGAGUCCUCUAACUAUUUGUUAUCCAGAAUAUCCAGGAUCAAACACAUACGAAGAAGCAGCUGCCUACAUCCAGUGCCAGUUUGAAGACCUAAACAAGAGAAGAGACACGAAAGAAAUCUACACCCACUUCACCUGUGCCACCGAUACCAAGAACGUUCAAUUCGUCUUUGAUGCGGUCACCGAUGUCAUCAUAAAGAAUAAUUUGAAAGACUGCGGUUUAUUCUAAACAUAUACCAUAGAUAUCCAACUAUCCUUUCUUUCUUUCUUUCUUUCUUUUUUUACAAAACCAAAUGUGCUUUUUUUU